GGUAACAAAUAUCGACAAUGUCGAAAAUCAAUAAGGAGCGGAAGAAGGUUGCUCAACUUCAAGAAAUUGAAAAGAGCAUUCAGGAGCUGUGGGAGAGCAAGAAGGCUUUCGAGGCGGAUGCUAGGGAUGAUGGAAAACCAAAGUACCUCGUCACGUUUCCCUUCCCAUACAUGAAUGGACGUCUUCAUUUGGGACACACAUUCUCAGCUUCAAAAUGUGAAUUUGCCGCCGGUUUCCAACGUCUUCAAGGCAAAGAAGUGCUCUUUCCAUUCGGAUUUCAUUGUACUGGAAUGCCAAUUAAAGCAUGUGCAGAUAAAUUGAAAAGAGAAAUGCAAGAUUUCGGAUAUCCACCAAAUUUCCCGGAAGAUGUUGUCGAGGAAGUUAAAGAAGAAGUUUCGGCUGUCGAUGAGAUUAUCAAGGAUAAGAGUAAAGGAAAGAAGAGUAAAUUGGUGGCAAAAACUGGAAAUGCAAAAUACCAAUGGCAAAUUAUGAAGUCUCUGGGAUUGUGUGAUGAGGAAAUUAAGGAAUUCUCGGAUCCAAAUCAUUGGCUAUAUUAUUUCCCACCACAUUGCAUUGCUGAUCUUAAGAAAAUGGGACUAAAGGCUGAUUGGCGUCGUUCCUUCAUCACCACCGACGUGAAUCCAUACUUCGACUCAUUCGUCCGUUGGCAGUUCAACCUUCUUCGUGCAGCUAAGAAGAUCGAUUUCGGAAAGAGAUAUACAAUUUAUUCACCGAAAGACGGUCAACCAUGCAUGGAUCACGAUCGUGCCAGUGGAGAAGGUGUUGGUCCACAAGAAUAUACUCUUAUUAAACUGAAAGUUCUUGAUCCAAAACCUCAAGCUUUGAGCCAUAUCAAAGAGGAUAUUUAUCUCGUUGCGGCUACUUUGAGACCUGAAACAAUGUACGGACAAACGAAUUGUUAUCUCCAUCCAGAUAUUCAAUAUUCCGUGUUUUAUGCGACGGAAAACGAGAAACAAGUAUUUGUGGCAACUGCCAGAUCUGCUAGAAUCAUGUCAUAUCAAGGAUUGACUAAGGAAAAUGGUAAAGUCAACUAUGUCCUGGGACUCGAGAAAAUCGCUGGAAGCAAGAUUCUCGGAGCUCCACUCUCUGCGCCUCUCGCAAAAUACGAAAGAGUUUAUGCAUUGCCAAUGUUGACUAUCAAGGAUGAUAAGGGAACUGGUGUUGUUACAAGUGUACCAUCAGACUCUCCAGAUGAUUUUGCAGCUUUGUCGGAUCUCAAGAAGAAGAAGCCAUUGAGAGAAAAAUAUGGAUUGACUGAUGAGAUGGUUCUUCCAUUCGAACCAGUUCCAAUUAUUAAAAUCGAAGGACUUGGGGAUUUGGCUGCAGUUGAAAUGUGCUCAAGGCUGAAAAUUGAGUCUCAAAAUGAGAAGGACAAACUGGAAGAGGCGAAGAAAGAAGUUUAUUUGAAAGGAUUCUACGAUGGAGUUAUGCUCGUCGGAAAGUAUGCUGGAAAGAAGACAGCCGACGUCAAGAAAGUUAUUCAAGAUGAUUUGACAGCUGAAGGUCUUGCCACGAAAUAUGUGGAGCCUGAGAAGAAGGUGAUGAGCAGAUCUGGAGAUGAGUGCGUCGUUGCGUUGUGUGAUCAAUGGUAUUUGAAUUAUGGAGAGGCUGAAUGGAAGGCUGCUGCAAAGAAGGUUCUUGAGCCACUCAGAACUUUCAAUGAUGAGACCCGCCGUGGAUUGGAAACCACAGUCGAUUGGCUCCACGAGUAUGCUUGCUCCAGAAGUUACGGUCUUGGAACCAAACUUCCAUGGGAUACUCAAUACCUCAUCGAAUCUCUGUCAGACUCUACAAUCUACAAUGCUUAUUAUACAGUUGCUCAUCUUCUCCAACAGGGAGCUUUUGAUGGAUCAGUCGUCGGACCUGCUGGAAUUAAAGCUGAUCAGAUGACAGAUGCUUCGUGGAGUUAUGUAUUCCUCGGAGAAAUUUACGAUUCGAAAACCAUGCCGGUUGAGGAGGAAAAGCUUAAAUCAUUGAGGAAAGAAUUCAUGUAUUGGUAUCCAAUUGAUAUGAGAGCAUCUGGAAAAGAUCUUAUCGGAAAUCAUUUGACAUAUCUUCUGUUCAAUCAUGCUGCAAUCUGGCCAACAGACACUUCAAAAUGGCCAAAAGGAAUUCGGGCCAAUGGACAUUUGCUCUUGAACAAUGAGAAAAUGUCGAAAUCCACUGGAAACUUUAUGACAUUGGAAGAAGCCAUCGAAAAGUUCAGCGCAGAUGGUAUGAGAUUGAGUCUUGCCGAUGCUGGGGAUGGUUUGGAAGAUGCUAACUUUGUGUACGCAAUGGCAGAUGCAGCUAUUCUGAGACUAUUCACUAUGAUCGAAUGGAUCAAGGAAAUGAUUGAACAACGGGAUGCCGGACUUCUCCGAAAAGAUGCAAAGAAAUUCGCUGAUCGAGUUUUUGCAAAUGAAAUGAAUUCACUGAUCGCUGCCACAGAACAAAAUUAUGAAGCUACCAACUUCAAGGAUGCACUGAAAACUGGAUUCUUCGAAUAUCAAGCCAUUAGAGAUACAUACAGAGAACUUUGCGCUGGAAUUGAUGAGCCAAUGAGCGAAUCGCUUGUCUUUAGAUUCAUUGAAACUCAGAUGCUCAUCCUAUCACCAAUCUGCCCACAUAUUGCUGAAUACAUCUGGCAAUUGCUCGGAAAAGACGGCUUGAUUGUAAAUGCUCCAUGGCCAACUGUCGAUCCUGUCGAUGAGAAGCUCGCCAUUGGUGCUCGUUUCAUCACGGAAUCGCUGGCCGAAUUCCGUGCCCGACUGAAAACCUACAUGACUCCAAAGAAGAAGGCACUGAAGGAGAUUCCAGAAGUUCCAACUGAAGCAGUGAUCUAUGUUGCUAAAGAAUAUCCACCAUGGCAGAAGACUAUUCUUGAUAUUCUUGAGAAACAAGCCAAGGCUAAUAAUGGAGCACUUCCAGAUAAUAAAGCAAUCAGUCAGCUCAUUGGAAAAGAAGAAUCACUCAAGAAAUUCGCCAAAAAAGCGAUGCCAUUCGUUCAAAUGAUCAAGGAAAGAUUCGAACAGAAGGGUGUUUCAGCAUUGGCUUCUUCUAGUCCAGUUGAUCAAACUUCAAUUCUCAACGAGAAUAUUGAUUUUAUUAUGAACGCUUUGGAUUUGGAUCGUGUUACUAUUCGACAUACUGAUGAGGAGGGAAUUGAUGCGAAUAUUGUUGAGACUACAGUACCGCUGGUGCCAAUGUUGAAUUUCACGCCGAAUAGACCAACAAUCAAACUUGUCGCCAGAAAUGUUCAAAUCUGCAAUGCAAUGUUCGAUGUUGAUGUACCAAUUGUUAAUGGAGACAGUGUUUCAAUGGUUAUUCGGAAGAUGAGACGCAUCAGCAAGGCAAUCAAACCGAAAUUCGAAGUGAGCCUCUGGAGAUACAAGAACGCGGUUUGGGGAGAUCGACAGAUGAUUUCGUACAGAAAUCCAUUCGAGGAGAACAUUCAAUUGUCCGACGCAGACAUUUUCAAUUUCGAGGCUGAUAACAAGAUUUCUGUGACUUCUGGAAGUGAAAAGUUCGAUCUUGGGCGUACUAUUGUGUACAAGGCUAACGUCCCAGAAAACUAGAUUCUUUCUAAAAAAUUAUUUGUUCUUCUUGUUUCUAAUAAUAUUAUAUCCCCACUUUUUGAGUUUUGUUGUUUCUAUUCAUUUUCAUAAUUUAUACGUACCCGAAUCCCUAUUUCAGCUUUCACUGUUUUCUCCCUGUUUCCAAGUUGAAUGAAAAGGUUUU